UAAAUCUAAAAUAUAUCACAUCAAAAUGUCAUCUUUCUUUCCUUUUUAAUUGAACCAAUUCCAUUCCUCAAAGUCCCAAAGAGCUCAAAUUCCAUUUUUCAUCUAGAGCUCCAAUCUCACACAACUCCUUCAGUUUCUUUGCAGAGAUGAGCGAGAGAGAGCAACAUGAACAGAAAAAACCAGGAUCAGAAUCAGAAGAAGAAGAAGAAGAAGAUGUUUGCAAUGGAAGAAGCAAAAAAUGGUUGGAAUUAACACUCGGACGGAACAUCACAUCAACAAUGGAGAAUUCUUCAGACUCCCAGAGCAAACCAUCUCCUCCCAAGGUGUUUUCCUGCAACUUCUGCAUGAGAAAAUUCUGCACUUCCCAGGCUCUAGGAGGCCAUCAAAACGCUCACAAAAGAGAAAGAGGAGCAGCAAAGAGAACUCACCAGCCACAUAAAAUGAUUCUAAGUUUUCCUUUUUCUUCUUCCUUUGUUCAUUCACUGAGAGUUCAGCCUCGCUCUGUAGAUUAUAAAAGUCUGAAGCUUGAAGGAGGGAUGCCCAUGGCGGCAAGGUUCCAAGAUGAGCAGAUGAUUUGGCAUCCUGUUGCUUCUAAGGAAGGGAGAAAUGUUUCAUGGCCGGGGAGUUUUCAGUUGAAGACAAGCGAUUCUGAGCAGUCGUCAGAACUAAAGGAGAUAGAUUUGAAUCUGAAGCUCUGAUAUGUUUAUGGAUUUGUUCAUUUUUUGCAUCAAAAUCUCUCCUUUUUGGGUUUUGUUUUCAGUAAUGAUGAUCUGUUGAUGCUGUCUGACUUAUCAAACUAACUACAGACUUAUAAAUUUUGAUCAGAACAUGGAGGAAUCGCUGCUGUUGUCAAGCAAAAAAGUAGUUUGAAAUUGCAGUGUAGUUAAUUAUUGCAAAGGAUUUAUUGAUUCA